CACACGAGAGGGUGCUCACACAGAGAGAGAGAGAGAGAGAGAGAGGAGGUGGUGGAGGCAGACAGUAUAUGUAGGCAUGCAAGUGAGAGUGACAGGCAAGAGGGGGAAAAAGAAGCCAGGUGAUUCAUUUAAUAACUGAUGCUCUCGCCACAAACACAACAACAACCUGAACUGAAACACGUGUGCCGUGCUCAGAGCGACGGAGGGGAUCUCUGAGGAUACACGGAUGAGAAAGAGGUGUGGGGGAGCCAAGGAAGAGGAGCCCGAGUGUGCACCGCACCAGGGAGAGCUCGCACGCACGGCAGACAGCACACACACUCCAGCGGGCUCUCGGCACUGUUUCCCUGACAACUAGAAUGGGCUGCAAUUUGUGCACCUUGCAGAAACGGGAGGAACACUACAAACUGCUCUAUGAGAUUGCACAGGUGAACGGGCGUGACUUCUCCAAGAUUGAACAUGACGAUGCAGUGGUGGAAGCCAUCAGGCGAGACCCCAUUGUUGUCCAGGUUCUCCGACGCACCCCUUCCAGAGCAACUACUGCCGUGGUACAUGACAACAUCGGGGCAACACAGGAUGUGUGCGUGGUUGAUGUCUGCACACAAACGGACAUCACAUUCGAGCACAUCAUGGCGCUGGCCAAGCUUCGGCCUGCUACCCCUCCCGUCCCAGACAUCUGUCCUUUCCUGCUCUCUGACAGCUGUCAUUCCAUCCACACCAUGGAACAUGAGUUUUAUGAAUGUCCAGAGUACCUGUCUAAUACGCCAGCAGAGGUGGAGAGGACUGAGGAGUAUGAGUUUGAGGAAGUGGAGCUGUGCAGGCAGAACAGCCAGGAAAAGCUUGGCCUGACGUUGUGCUACAGGACCGACGAUGAGGAGGACACUGGCAUCUAUGUCAGCCAGGUGGAGCCGAACAGCAUAGCGGCAAGAGACGGUCGCAUCAAGGAAGGAGAUCGUAUCCUACAGAUUAAUGGCUGUGAAGUGCAAGACAGAGAGAAAGCCGUGGCCUUGUUGUCAAGUGAAGAAGCAAGGAGCAUCACACUACUGGUGACUAGACCAGAAAUCCAGCUGGAGGAGGAAGCCGUGUGGCUUGAUGAGGAGCAACAGCAGCUCGUCGAAGAGUUAAAGAUGGAGAUCCUGGAGGAAAGGAGGAAGCAGAAGGAACGCGGCUUUGACAGGGGAGAUGAGCAUCAGGCAGAAGAGGAUAUGACAACAGACACGGCUACCUGCUCCUCCAAUAACCAAGACAGUGGAUUAGGAAGAAGUACAGACAGUACUGAGAACCAACCGCUGCUGGCCAGGCUCCACAGGAGGAGUCCAGCUCAUUGCCUGAGGGAUCGAUGGCGGGCAGAGCAUACACACACCAGACGAGGGGCCGCAGUGCCGCAGGAAAGCCAAGGUGCAAGAACACAGUCCAGUGGCCAAGGCCAUGAAGGGGUAGUGAGUAUCCGCAAUGGUGGAGGUGGGAUCCUUGGUUUGGAGAAUCGCUUCCAGCAACUCCUGGAGCUCAAGUGUCAAAUCCGAAACGGAGGCGAGUGUGGAGUGUACUCCAUUCGACACAGUAUAGAGUGUAGACUCACUGAGCAAGGCGGAGGGGACGGAGACAGUGUAGAUGACGGCGAUGUAGGAAGAGGAGGGGUGGAACAGGAGUUGAGGAUGUUAAAUGAGGAGCUCCGCAGCAUCGAGCUGGAGUGCCAGAGCAUCAUGCAGGCCCACCAACUCCGGCAGUCACACCAGCUAGAGCACACACAGUCCCCAGUUUCCUCACCAGGAAGAAGCCCCAAAGACGGACACAAGCGGCAUGGCAGGCUGGCUGACAUCCACGAACACCCAGAGAGGUCAGACAGUGACAAGAUACGCGAGAAGGACAGCUCCAGUGCCUACAAUACAGCCGAGAGUGCACGGUCAACACCGCUAGGUAUGGAGAGAUCUCCCGACCACUCUCUGCAGAGACACAUCAGCAUCACCAACCAGAAAAACCUCCGGCUGGUGUCUUCCACACCUUCCAGUCCUAUUCCUAUCCCCAAGCCCCAGGGCGCAGCCAGUUAUGGAAGACCAGCAGAUCCAGGUCCUGUUAUCUCAAGCAGCCCAGACCAAAGCAACCCUUCUCGGUCUGAGUCAGACCCGGCUCUGCCUGCAGACGAUGAAAGGUGUGAGAAGAGAGGAAGGACCAGAGAAUCAAGGAGAGGACUUCCCUAUGGCUCUUCAUAUCAGACAUCUCCCUAUCAUGGCCAGGGAGCAUCCAGGCAACUACAGAGCUACAUGCAGCUGCUACAACAGCACUCAUCCCUGGAGUAUUCUCAGAGCCAGCUCAGUCUCCUGAGUCUGUGUCGAGAUCCCGUGCACCGCAAUGGACGGCCUGGGGAACCCCGUCUAGAGUGGAAGGUCAAAGUCCGCGCUGACGGGACGCGCUAUGUUGCACGGAGGCCUGCGCGGGACCGCAUACUUAGGGAGCGGGCGCUAAGGAUCAGAGAGGAAAGGAGCGGCGGCAUGACCACAGAUGAUGAUGCCAUGAGUGAGAUGAAGAUGGGCCGCUACUGGAGCAAAGAGGAGAGAAAACAGCACUUGGCGCGGGCCAGGGAGCAAAGAAAGAGGAGGGAGUUCAUGCAAAAGAGCCGCCUCGAGUGUCUAAAAGAGGGGCCAGCUAGUGGGGCUGAGGGCAGGAAGGAAAUCAAUAUCUUAGAGCUCAGUCACAAAAAGAUGAUGAAGAAACGAAAUAAAAAGAUCCUGGACAACUGGAUGACAAUCCAGGAGCUGAUGAGUCAUGGAGCCAGAGUCCCAGAAGGUUCCAAAGUACAUAAUGCCUUCCUAUCUGUCACAACAGUUUAGCAGACAUGUUUGAUACUCCAUAUUAAAUACGGAACAUUUUUUUAAUCCCGUGGCCUGCAUAUCAGUAACUACUACUUGGUUUUAAAAAGUUUGAGAGAAUAAAUCAAUGCUGAGGACUUCUGUAGCAUUCCCAUGUCAACUUUGUAACGACCACUUUAAGAAUGUCAGAACAGUUCUUCUGUCAUUACCAGACCUCCACCAUUAAAAACUUUACUCUAACUGUUUUUACACUGGCUCCUGGUAGCAUACAAACAGAAUUACAUAGGAAACAAAGGAACCAACACAUCAACUUUGUGUAUCUACAGAAUGUGUUACGUUUCCAUGCUUGUCAUUCUUCUGUUUCGUUGCAUAUGAAGCGACUUCUCUUGCCUCGUUCAAGGUGGCAUUUUUUUUAUAAUGGGGAAAGUACAAUAUUUUUCACACUUUGUAAGCUUUUUGUAAGGAUUUUUUACACUGAAUGUCAAUGUACUGUAAACAUUUUAUUGUAAUUUAUUAUUUAUGUUUGUAUAACCAAACCGUCAACGUCAGAGGUGACACUAUUUGAUUGUACUGUUGUCCGCACUGUGUGCCAGACUAGCACAGAGAGAUAAGAAAGAACCUCAUGAGCCUGCUGAAGGACAACAAUUCUCCUGCUCAAUAUACUCCUUUCAUUGUGCUGAUAACAACUGGAGCCAGAGUUAUCUGAAAAAUGUAAAGCACUAAUUUUAAAGCACUGAGAAUAUCAAUAUGCUAUCUCGAAGGCUCACAUUAUUCAUGAGCUGGGGCGGCUUUUUGAAAUCAAUUUUACCUCAACUUACAGUCAAAUCUCUGAUCUAUCAAGUGUUUGAAUGCUUGGCUAAUGGAACCACUGACUUAACCUGCAACCCUUACUUUAUAACAUAAAUGUGUAUUAUGUUAAAGUGUUAAACAGAUUCAUAUUUAUAUUGUUUACUGUUAUUUGUAUUUAUUGUAAAUUAAUUUUUAUGGUCCGUCUGAUAAAUGUCUCACAUAAAGUGACUACCGUUGAAAAGGCAACUCUUUUUCGAGGCGCCAUCAAGAAAAUGUAUCAUUUUGCAGCCUUUCAAUUCAAAACUGCUUCUUACUGUAAAGUUUAUUGAAGAGGCCUUGAGGCGGUGUUUGUUGAUGGUGAUGUUUGUAAUAAAAGAAUAACAUUAGAAAUGA